GUUUGAUCUCGGAAUACCAGACAAAGAGCGUAGGUGCCCCAAAGCACAGGCAUACUCUAUUUUUUGGUCUUGAUUGACACCAUCAUGUUUGGAGAUUCACUGUUUGCAGUGUUGGUUCUGACGUCUUGUAUUAGCAUUGGAACCGCGAUGCCAGGCUUUCGGGUUAUGUACUUCCCUGAGCCAGAUAACGACCUUUCCUGGUCACUUCUACACACCAAUACCCCCGAUUUGGAAGCUUUUACAGCCUGCGUAUGGAUCAAAACCAUCCGCACCACAAGCGGCCCCAUUCUGUCCUACGGUUCAAAGAGGUCUCGUCGGAGUAUUGAACUUGGAUACAGCCCCGUUGGUCACGGCUACUCGGUUGUUUUGAAGGGCGUUAGCGUACUGGAUAGAUCCUCUGGUGCCGAAGCGCCCCUACCGGCCGAUGGGAACUGGCACCACUGGUGUGUGGUGUGGAGUGGUGCCAACAGAAAGAUAGAUAUGUAUAGGGAUGGUAUCCACGCGCUGACCCAUCCUGUUAAUGUUUCACAUAUACCUGGAGGUGGUAAGUGGUUCGUUGGACAUACCCAUUACGAGGCAACACCUGAUUGUGUUCCGAAGCACCCAUCAUUCGUUGGAUUAGUAGGCGGCGUCAACGUCUGGGACCAUGAUAAAGUCGACGUCACCGGCCUGGCAAUAUGUGCCAAUACUAACGAGGGAAGUCUCAUUUCCUGGGACACUGUCACCAAGACUAACUUCAAAGUGGCAACGUAUGAGGACCAUUGUUAAAAUGUUACCACUACAUUUACUUUUCUGUAAUAUGCCUUUGGUCUGUAUCCUAUAUGGAUCGCAAUUAAGCAUCAGCACCUCUUCCUUUUCCUUUGAAAUUUUACUUUGAGAUUGGAAUGAACUAAAUGUUUAAAAAUCCACAUACCAAGUUAAUAAAGAAUUGCUGAAAGCGACAAUAUGGUUUACACGUGUGUAAGGGGCCCUUUGUCGAUUUUCAACAACUGGAAUUGUAUAGAAAAUAUCCGGGUGUUUUUCAACAAUACGUGAGCUAUUCGUUCCUACAGUUGUUUUCCACUCGAACUUGUUUCAAACAUCAUUAUGAGAGUGUAUUUUAAGUUAAAAUGUAUAUCUCUCAGUCACCUCUUUUAUUUCUUUAAAUUUACUUCUAUGACUGACUUGCAACUCGCCAAGUCACAUAUUAAUCAAUGAAAAAUUUACUCUUUCUAUCAAUUACAGGCUAUUACAAUGCAAAUUAAUUUUAACGGCUGGCAUGCAAGCUGCUACAUAUACAUAGCUCUGCAUAUGGUAAAGCUUAAUGCCAGAUACAUUCUAAAUUGACAUACUAUUUUCCAUCACUCAAUUUUAUCUGAAUAUAUCAUUAAAUUAUAUCUAAGUCACCAUGACUGUUAAUUAAUUGUUUCUGUAAGGGACACUAUCAUGUUUGGACAUCCACUGCUUGCAGCGUUAGUCUGGAUUUCUUGUAUUGACAAUGGGGUCUCAUGUUCCAGAUAAAUAUGUGAAUGUAAUAUGUAUGGUAUGAAUAUAAUUGCUGCCUUCCCAUCAGGGUAUAUUAUUACAAG